AGCCCUCGCAGAACAAGCAAACGGACGCAGUCCAGAGUAAUGCAUGCCCGUUCGUUCAAUCGUUCCCCAAUACCCCAAAUCGACGAACCCUAGGCCACUAGCGCUAGCGCGCGGCGCGGCUGGGCGUCCGGCGUCCGGCACCAGCAUCACUGCGGCUCGCGCGGGUGAGGCCGCGGAUCCGCGGCGACCGUCCAGCGGCCGGGCCGAGCACCACUGAUAUGCGUAGAGAUAAAAGGUUUGCAGAAGUGAAAAGUCUGGAUGAUCUUUCCAUUAUGCUUGUUCAAACAGAUAUGCACCUUAGACAUGAUGUUGUUUACAAGCUUCUCAAAUUGGUGCUAGUACUUCCAGUAGCUACUGCUAGUGUUGAAAGAAUCUUUUCAUCAAUGAAUUUUGUGAAGAAUAAAUUGAUUGGGGAUCAAUUUAAAUGAUUGCUUGGUCACAUUUGUUGAGCGUGAGUUCUUUUUGCAAGUCAAAGAAGCAGAUACCAUCAAACGCUUUCAAGCCAUGAAGGAACGCAAAGUUAAUGUUAGAUUGUAAUUUUCUUAAAGUAUUUUGUUAUUUUCCUUAGUUUAUGGAUAUCUUGGUCCUUAGACUUGAUGUAUUGAACAAUUUGUGCCUUUCAUUUGUGCUACUUUCUACUUUUUAGAUUGAAUUUUUUUUCCCAAAGGAAGUGGGAAUACCCAACUUUAUAAUCCUGGCUCUGCCACCUUUCCUGAGUUAUUUGUUUCGGAUGUCACUCAGUUACACUAUGUACUUGUAUUUGUACAUACCGAUUUUUUUGCAAAAAUUAUCGUGUGAUUUACACCCGUGUCCAAUGCUGGGUCCGCCCAUGACUGGAGCUCCCAAAUGUUUUGUGAAUUUGGGAUUCUGAAAAUUCGGAGUCUGGAGAUACAAUGAUCUAGGGUUAAUGGUUUACUGCACAUUCGUGGUUUCCUGACUGCAAAAGCAGAUGGGAAUGGACUACUACAACAUCCUCAAGGUGAAUCGCAAUGCAACCUUGGAUGACCUCAAGAAGUCGUAUCGGCGGCUUGCGAGGACAUGGCAUCCCGACAAGAACCCAACUGGAGGCGCCGAUGCUGAGGCAAAGUUCAAGCAGAUAACCGAGGCCUAUGAGGUACUAAGUGAUCCAGAGAAGCGUGCAAUUUAUGACCAAUAUGGUGAGGAAGGCUUAAAGGGGAUGCCUCUGCCUGGUUCACAGAGCCGGUCCUCCACAGCUGCUGGCCCAAGCGGUCCAAGUAAUUUCCGGUACAAUCCUAGUGACCCAGAUGAUUUCUUUGCCGAGUUCAUGGCAAGCAACAAGACCUACUCCUUCGACCAAGACCGGAUGCGAUUUCAGCAAAGAUCACAUUGGACUUCAGCAAGGAACAGUAGGAGCGAAGCUCCUUCUGGUUCACGUAAGGAGAGUGGUGCUAGUACAAGCCAGCCAGAAAAGCCACUACCUGUGGAAAAAACAUUACCUUGCACCCUUGAAGAGUUGUACAAUGGAACAAAAAGGAAAAUGAAGAUCACUAGGAAUGUUGCAAAGCCAGAUGGAAGAGUAGAAGUUGAAACAGAGGUCUUGGCAGUGGAAGUGUCGCCUGGCUGGAAGAAAGGAACCAAGAUUACAUUCCCAAACAAAGGCGACAAGCUGCAUGGCCAGUUGGCACAGGACCUGACCUUCAUCCUCGACUUGAAGCCCCAUGAUGUGUACACUCUUGAUGGGAACAACCUUCUUGUAAAGAAGGAGAUCCCUCUGGUGGAUGCACUCUCUGGGACGGCAAUAAACCUCAGAACCCUAGAUGGCCGGAAUCUUCCUGUGAGAGUGGAGGAAGUGGUGCGCCCUGGGUAUGAGGUGGUGCUGGAGAACGAAGGGUGGCCGAUCAGGAAGGAGCCGGGGAAGAAGGGGAAUCUGGUAAUCAGGUUCGACGUGGCCUUUCCAACAAGGUUAUCGAUGUCGCAGCGGACAGCUAUCAGGCAAAUCAUGGGCGGCUAACCAGAGAAGGGUCAUUGCAUUCUUAUAGGAAGAUGAAAUAGUGGCUAUAUUGGCCCUAUAAUCUAGAUAGAUAGUUGGAAAUUAGACAGAUAGGCAUUUCCAUGGUUAUAAUGCCCCGUCUCUAAUUCUAUCUAUUUGCUCUGGUUAAUUGAAUAUGACCCCAUUCUUUAUUUGUCUCUUGUGGAUCAGUGAAAAAUGUUGAGGAUAACCAGAUUUUUUCCCCCUUC